UUUUUUUGGAAUGUGUCCAUACAGCUCAUUUUCCAAAUUUCAAAGGAUCAAGUACCAAAAAAAACCCUUAAAAUCAAAUGACCCUCGGACUGAUUGCUGUGGGGGACGACUGCUUGCCUUCAUGAUUGCGAACCUAAAACAGACACCAGAGUUACCCGAUGGACCUGAAAUAGUCAAAUGCCUUUGGUGCAGCGACAUAUCACUGAUGACAGUAUUCAUUGUGCUCAUAAAGGCAGACAAACGGAAUGAGUGACCGCUAUGAAAUUAUAACCCUGGCAGAUCUGGCCUUGAUAAUUUCACCAGAAACGCUAUCAUAUACCAAAAGAAUGUUUUCCAGCUGCAAAAUCUUAAUUGAAAAUCCAGAGUUAAGUGAAACUUUGUCCACUGUGAGGUCACCUUCGUAAAAUCUCUAGCUUUUAAAACACUUAAAGGUGGAGUUGGCAGUCCCCGAAUCGCGCGAGCACCUUGAAAAAGAGAAGAGGCUAAUCGGUACUGUCAGUGACUCAGUAUGAAAGUAGCCAAUGCUUCGGGACCAACAACAUAAAAAUCCUCCCAAAAUCGCACAGAUAAAAACAGCUACCAAAAAUCUGUGCAGAUUCAAUUAUAAGGGAUGAUUUACUGGCGUUAAGACAAUUCCGAUAAAGUUUUAAUCAUUUAGAGGUCCACAUUGGGCCAAUAUAUUGACUUUUUCCCAACAUCAUAACAACAACAACAAAAAGCCCCCCCCCAACAAAAAAGGAAUUUUGAUCCUGUAGCAGCUUCAGGCUUGCCUGUUUUGGAAAUAUUGUAAGCUUUAGCCUUUGAAUAUGAUUACUGAGUGAUUCUUACAUUCUAAAUUUAACUCGUAGUGUUAGUGUAGCAUUCAUGUUAGCAUUAGCUUUAGCAUGGCGAGCAUCCUAUUUUUUUAAAAAUUUUUUUUAACUGUAAGUUGUGUACAUCUCGUCGUGACAUCCUGUUGGGUUUAAUUAUUUGAAAAUAAUGUACUGUUCUUGCUGAGUGUGUAUAAUCAUAAAAAGAAGUGCUGCCUUUGUUGGUUUGGUAGCACUAGACCAGAUUAAUCUUUUAAGUCUCAGGUCAUCAUCGUAAAUUUGAAGCUGUUGAAGCAAAUUUUAAACAUUUGCCUAUCUAAAUUUAUGUGCUUUAAAAAAUAUAUCGGCCUCAAAUAUCAGCGCACAAAAUCGGCUGAAAAGUUUUCUAGAUAUCACUAUCGGCAUCGACAUUUGAAAAUCCCAUAUCGGUCGAGCUCUAGUUUAAACCCCCAACUUCUCUUUCACUGGCUGACCUAUUGACGUAUAAACUUUCUACUUUGUCUCACCUUGAAAAUUUCGCUUCUCUAGAGAACUGGGAGUAAGUGAGGAACUUUUAAAAGUAGCGCUCUGACUAAUGCCUUGAAUAGUCUAUGUGUCUCUAUACCAUGUUGCUCAGGCAAAAUGGCUAAAAGCGUCCUCAAACAGCAGCAGCUUAAGGUAAGUUAACCAUUGGAAACGAUUUGACUGAAACAUGUGAGUUGGAUGUGUGCUUGUGUGGAAUUUUGCCUUAAACGUGGCACAUAUAAUCGUUAUUAGGAUCACUCAGGUGCACAGAUGGGUCUCAGGAUAAUCACUCUCACAUUGUUUUUAGCAGAAAAUUGGACUCGAUUCACAGGGACUCGGACUCGAAUCGCAAAUUUUGAUGACUCGCAACUCGACUCUGACUUGAAAAAAAAACAGACUCUGACUUGACUCUCUUGAGCUGAGAGGGUCCGAGACUUGACUCGACUUGUGAGGCAAUAACUUGAGGCUCGACUUGACUCGUGAGACAAUGACUCAGGACGCGACAAACUGACUCAAAAAACUUGGAUCGUAGGUUGGUUCUAGUGCUGCAACGAUUAAUCAAUUAACUCGAGUAAUUCGAUCGGAAAAAAGUUUUGAUCAAAUUUUUCUGCUUCGAGUAUUCGUUUAAUUAGAGUGGCAUUUAAGCUAGCGGACUUUUGCUGUACAAGUGAGCCAAUUGUUCUUUUGUUGUACAUAGAUCCUCAUUUAAGUAUUUUUCUGUACAGUUUAAGGCGAAGCUCAGGUGUUUUAAUUUAUUUCUAAAUGAAAGUGCAAUUCUGCAUAGUUUGAAGAAACACUUGGGAAUUUUAUUUUGUAUUAGCAUUUAAUGCUCUUUUUAAAGUGCAAUCCUAGCAAGCCUUUGUUUUACAUCUCAUCAAAUGUAUUCUGCAACGCAUUAAAUGUUCCUAAUCCAAUGACUCAAUAAUUUGAACUAACUAGUUGAUAAAUUAAUUGACUACUAAAAUAAUUGAUAGUUGCAGGCCUAGUUUGUUCCCAGCUGCCAGUGAUCCGCUUGGUCGCCUUGGCUGCUUUCGCCACACCCCAAUGGAACAUCAUGGAGUGCAAACUUUACUUCAUAGUUGUUGUUCUUUUACAUUGACCUUAAGGUUUCGCUCAAAGAUAAACCUGAGUGCUUCGUGGGUGGGCUGCAGAACAAUGGCGAAGGCCUUGAGUAACCUGUGACUCGGCGACUGGACUCGACAAUCUUUUGACUUAACACGGCUCGUCUUUACAACCUUUCACAUCAUUGACAUGACUCAUCUUUACAACCUUGUGACACGGCUCGACUUGACAUGACCUCGAGACUCGACUCAACCACAACAGGUAAGACUCAGACUUGUGAUUUGGAUCAUAGUGACCCAUGAAAUUGUCUGGUUUUUAGUGUUCUCCAAGCUUGGACUCAUCAAGUGUCCCAAGUCCUUUGUCAUCCAAAAAAACUUCCAGAUGCUGGAAAUCCAAGCUAGUUUGUUUCCUUGCUGUGAAUCAGACUUUCUUGCACCAGUAUUCAACUCUUAUGGACCCCUGUAAUUCGCCACUUGCUGACUCUGAGAGUCCACCUUGCAAUCACUUCUUCUUUGAACCCCCCUGUGACUGCCAGUAAUAAUCUAAAAAAGACUGCACUGCUCCCUGAAGGGAGGGCAUUUAAUGGAGUAUUCAAGCAAAGUAGGACUGCAUUGACAAUGGAUGCCUCUCAGUCUAUUGUGGGGGUCUUUUCUGGUUCUUUUCUGACUCAACACAGGGUUCUUUUUAAUGUCCUUCAAUUGAGUCUAAAUCUACCCCAAAAGUUGCCCAGAUAAGAUGAAUGUAAACCAACAAGUUCAAUGAAGGCUACAUUGAAUAAAUGUUUCACAGGAUUAAAGGUUUGUCUAAAUUCUGGAUUUUUGAAGGAUCUGCACUUUUCUGAUCUUAUUGAGGGCAUUUAAAUAUAUGUUCGUGUCCAUCUUUGUCCUGAAAAUGAACAGAAUGCCCUCCACUCUACUCAGGAGAAAGAAGCCGUUUUGUAAUUUUACCCAUGACUCAACGGCUUCCCGACACACACUGUUACAGCCUCUAAUCUUUAACAUAGCAUUCUUGUGUUUUUGCUACAGCUAGUCUGUAAUCACCACUUGAAAUGAUACGACCCCUGCAACUCUGACACUACAGCGCGUGCCUUAUUUAAUUAUCGUAAAAUUACAUUUACUUGUUCCUCAUGGCAAUGGAUUUGCACACUACAUACUUCAGCAAAAGCCAAAAAAGCGCUCAAAGUGCUAAACCUGUUUUCGAAAUUUGCUUACUUUUAAGACAAAAAAGUUGGUGGAAUUCAGAAUUGCAUAACAUGAAGGAUAUCUUGUAGACAGUGUAAAGGUCUUAAAUUUUGUUUACAAGUCUUAAAUUUCAUUCUCAAAUGUCUUAAUAUAUCCAUGUCUUAUCUGCGAUAGAUAGAGCUAAUAGAUAGAGCUAAUAACUGUAUAAUAGGUAAACUAACAAAAGUAUGGAACGUUGUGUUGUAAAAUUAUCUUUCAUUUUCUCCGACUUUAUCGAUCUCUGACCAAUAAAUGCACUGUUUCAGUCGGAAAAUCCAGAUUACCGCAUUUUCGAAAUGCAGCAUUACGUUGGAACUUUUAGAUGGAAAAAGUGCAGAUUUAACCCAUUGUGGUUGAAUGACUCAAAAUAUGCAUAUUGCAAUAUGCAUAAAUGUUUGCCCGAAUAGGUGCGAGAUUGGUCUUAAAUUUCAUUGAAUGUGGUCAUGAAAAGGUCUUAAAAAGUCUUAAAUUUGAAUGGAAAAAUCCUGGGGGAACCCUGUGUAGAACUUGUGCUGUAAACAGAAUCGUUACUCUCAUGUUUUUGUUUUACUCUCCCUGAAAGUCUGAAACGAUAUAUCGUUAGCCUCAUAGCAUAAUUGCCUAAAUCAUAUUUCAGUGGUUUUGGAAAACAAGAAAAAAACAUUUUUCUGAAAACAAACUGGUCUUUUUUAUUGAUAUUGUUUUGGUUUCUGACAAGGAAGGCAGAAAGGCAGGAUUAUGCAGAAUUGAAAGAAGUAUAAAAUUCACAGUUUGGCCAAAAAAUGCAAGUAGGUCCAGCUGCGGCCCGCAGUACUCACAGGCCGGUUGGAGGAUGACGAACGCUUGAUCUGACAGGUCGUUGAUAGCAAGGGAUAAGUGCUCAAGCUGGUCAGAAAAGGAUGCUCUUCCAGGAAGACAAAAAAACAUCCCUUCAGCUUCUAACUUUAGAACUAGAUAUAUGAAUCCUUUAAAGUCAUUUAAUUACAUUUUCAGUAGGAUUAUAUAAAUCAUAAUAUUCCAACUUCUAGUUAAGUUUUGAGCUAAAGAAAUAUAUCAUUUUUUAUUUAUAAAUGAAGAAUAGUUAAGUUUAGGGCUCAAACCCCGUUAGUUAAGUUUAGAGUGAAUCAUGGGUAAUGAGGUUCUUAAUUAAAAAGUGUUACAUGUAUAUGGGCAAGUCCCCUAUGGCAGUGUAUCAAAUACUUGUUCUCCCCACUGUAUCUAUUGAUGCCUAUUUAUAACGGAGGAUCGUUGAAAGCAGGGGGCGCGGUUGGCGGAUGACGAAGGUUUGAUCUGAUUGGUUGUUGAAAGCAGUGGGCCUGGUUGGUGGAUGACGAACGCUUGCUCUGAUUGGUCAGUGAUAGCAGUGGGCAUGGUUGGCAGAUGAUGAACGCUUGAUCUGAUUGGUUAGCAUUGAUAGCAGUGAAAUGGCGUGCCGCAAGCAACACGUCACUUUUGCUCAUUAAUAUUCAUGAUGUUAGCAAUUGUGGCUAAGCGGGUCAACCUCCCGUUUGUCCUGAAUAGUGAAUGCAUGGAAAUAGUGUACGAACAAGAUGUUUACUUAGCUAGCUAAACCUACCAAUUCUGUCUGAAAAUGAUGUCCCUGGUGCCAAAUUCACUGGUAAAGAUGUGGAAGAAUAUAUAAAUGUUCAGUUAAAGAGAUGGCUUGAGUGUUGAAGGCUGAAAAAGAGCCGACCUGAUCUGACCUGUAGCUUUUUUAAACAACAUCAUUUUCGAGUGUGCAUUUCCUUACGCCACUGACAAUGACAUUCUCCUGUUACAACGAUCUAUCCUUUACCACCGUAUGCCUUGUCUUUUUUUAUAUAUUAUAUCCUCUGGUUGUCUUACGUCUCUAACCAUUCUUGGGGGUAAUUUACAUAGCUAUUUUUUGUUAUCGCAAAUGCAACUCAGUGACAGCCAAUGAACACUUUUAAUUUUUUUCAAUAAUAACAAACCUUAAUUAUAUAGAUUAUUCACAUUUCCCCCUUACUAAAGUUAGAGUCGUUUCUAGAAAUUCCAUAGAAGCAGUGUUUACUCGGCAUGUUCUUUUUUGAAAGAUUACCGGAGAAAACAGGCAGAAAAAACAUGGAUUGUAUGCGAGGGCGUGUCUAUGAUGACCCACUUCCGCAUUACAAUGGCGACGUUUAGUCUAAAAAUAGCAUUCGUGUGCUUUUGGAUCCUUCUCAAAAAUUGCCUCAGGCAAUUAUGAUACGAGGCUAAUGAUAUGAAGGUCUUGAGUUGCAUCAUGAAGAAUUAAAAAAAUAUAUUUAUCUUGAUUUUUAAUUGGCGACAUUCAGGGAUUUUAGAUUAUGGAGAUUUUACCAUAUAAAGAUUUGUUAAUCUCGCCAGUUUAGGACAAGACAGUCUUGCAUCAUUGCAAUUUAUUAUCGAAUUAUAGCAAAUCAUGACAAAUUUAUAUGACAUCCAAUUUAUAGAACUCCCUAUUAUACUAAUUGAGAUUUGAAGAAGUCUUGUGAAAUUGUCUUGCAAUGGAUGGUGAUGAUAGAUUAAAAUAUUUGUAAUUAAUAGAAAAAAAUAUUGCUCAAGAAUUAUGCCAAAUUACGAAUUUCUGAACUUGAUAAACAAUUGUUGAACUUGCUAAACUUAAAGUUAAGCGGAAGUCUUGUGUGACAUCAUACACGAAUACUAUUUGGCGGCAUGAUUCUUUGAAACAAUUUUCGAGAAUUUUGCCAAAUUAUAUUAUCUUUGUCUUUGUAGAAUAUUUUUUUCCCUUGGUAAGUGCAGGAAUAACAUUGUUCUACUUACUAACACACCACAUUUGAGCCUGUAGUAGUUUUGUCUCCCUAUUUUAGACAAUCUUUAAGAAUUAAUGAGCUUUGUCUUGGACAGCGAAGAAAAACAGCUCAGCUAGAACAAUGGCAAACGUGUGCUUGAAGGCCAAGCAGUAUUAAUCCACAGAACAGCAGGCUCUCAUUGGAUAAGCAAGGCCAGUUACCCAGAGAGGUGCCGUAAUCAGAUUAAUAACCACGUCAUUUCAUUAGCUUUUCUUGACUGCUUUGCCUCCUUCGCACUCUACUUUUUGUUCUUGACCGGAGAUGGAGUGACCUACCCGGAAAACAAACUUAAAUUUAUUUUUUACUGGGAUAGAGUAAAGACAUGUUGCGUCGAAGAAGCGAGUUCUUCGUCUUCCUGGACAGCUCGUCUGUGAAACCUGAGCAAGAGGGGCGAAAGCUAAGUCCUUAUCAAGAGUACUUGCAGGUGCUACUCGAGAUGAAAAUGACCAGCACUGAUCAAUUUGACAACUUGGAGAAGCAUACGCAGUGGGGGAUAGAUUUUCUGGAGAAGUACUCGAAAUUUGUCAAGGAGAGGUCUGAGAUUGAAGCCAACUAUGCAAAACAAAUUAGGAGUUUAUCAAAGAAGUACCAACCUAAGAGGAACUCGCGGGAAGAGGAGGAGAGCAAGUACACGUUCUGCCAGGCUUUCCUGACCACACUGAACGAGUUGAACGACUACGCCGGACAACACGAGGUGAUCGCCGAGAACCUGUCGUCGCAGAUCAUCGCCGAACUUUCACGCUACCUGCAGGAUCUGAAGACAGAGAGGAAAUCGCACUUCCACGAUGGCCGCAAAGCACAGCAGCACAUCGAAAGCUCGUGGAAACAGCUGGAGUCGUGCAAAAGGAAAUAUGAGCGGGACUGCAAAGAGGCUGACAAAGCGCAACAGUACUUUGACAAAAUGGACGCCGACAUCAACGUGACGAAGGCCGAUGUGGAAAAGCGAAGUUCCCUCAAGGCACGGCAGCAGGCUCAGGCCAGGCAGCAGAUGGCGGCCGACAGCAAGAGCGAUUACUCGUCCUACCUACAAAAGUUCAACCAAGAGCAGAAUGAGCACUAUUACAACGUCAUACCCAACAUCUUCCAGAAACUCCAAAACAUGGAGGAGAAGCGUAUCGAAAGGCUAGCAGCGUGCAUGACAACAUUCGCUGACGUGGACCGCCAGGUGAUCCCUAUCGUGGGAAAAUGUCUGGACGGCAUGACCAAGGCGGCUGAGUCCAUCCAGGCCAAGGAGGACUCCAAUCAGGUGGUGGAGUCCUACAAGUCUGGCUUUGAACCUCCUGGAGAUGUGGAGUUUGAGGACUACGGCCAGGCCAUGAAGAGGACGGUGUCGGAAAGCAGUUUGAGCAACUCGCGAGGGGAGUCCCGCGAGAGGUCCGCCGUCAAAAGCAAGGGCAAACUCUGGCCCUUCAUCAAGAACAAAAACAAGUUUAUGUCCCUGUUAACGUCCCCCCGCCAGCCCCCGCCGGCCCCCCCGGCCUCAUCCCUGCCCUCACCCUCUGCUGUUCCCAACGACUCCCAAUCUCCUAAGCAGCACAAGGAGCCCCUCUCGCACCGCCUCAACGACUUCAUGGCCUCCAAGCCCAAAAUGCACUGCCUGCGGAGCCUGAGGCGAGGGCAGCAGCAGCACCAAUCGCCGCGCUCGCUCAUUUAUCGCAAAGAGCUCAUGAAGAGGACUCUGGGUCGGCCCACGUACGCUUUUGAAGCCCGGCAGUACGUCCUUUCUCUCAAGCUGAUCACACUCAAUUCCCACGUCAGGAAUCUCAUUGAGGGUUCUGGACCUGAGGACUUCAGCCACCUGCCACCGGAGCAGCGUAGGAAGAAGCUGCAGGGCAAGAUUGACGAUCUCAACAAAGACAUUCAAAAGGAGAUGGACCAGAGGGACGCGCUCACCAAGAUGAAAGACGUUUAUGUGAAGAACCCGCAGAUGGGUGACCCCGCCAGCGUGGACCCCCGGCUGGCUGAGCUGGCGCAAAACAUCGAUAAACUGCGCUUUGAAAUGCAGAAAUUCGAGGGCUGGCUGGCCGAAGUGGAGGAAAGGAUGCCCUCCAAAAGCGACACGCAACGGAGAAGUGUGGUCCUCUACGAUAGCAACAGCAGCACGGCGGUCAACAACAACUGUGCUCAGGACAGAGAGAGGCCCUCGAGCAGCCCGGACGGCAGCUACACGGAGGAGCAGAAUUCCGAGAUUCAUGUCAAGGCCAACAACGCCAACGCCAAGCCGCUCGCAGCCAGCACGCCCGAGUUUGACGACGAGUUCGACGACGAGGAGACGCUGCCUACCAUCGGGAACUGCAAAGCGCUCUACCCUUUUGAUGGCCACAACGAGGGCACCAUCUCGGUGGCCGAGGGCGAGCUGCUUUACGUCAUCGAGGAAGACAAAGGCGACGGCUGGACCCGCGUGCGCCGCAACCAGGACGAGGAGGGCUACGUGCCCACGUCCUACGUGGAGGUCUUUUUGGGGACCAACGCCAAAGAUUCCUAAAGAAGACGCUGGCUUGAGGAAGCGGCAGGGCAAGCAGCCCGGGGGAGCCCCCCCUUCCAAACAAAAAAAUGAAAAAUCCAGAGAUGGACACUUUUUCCUCCAUGCUCAAAUUGUUUGGCGCUAACACUUUGUCUUGCUUUUUUGAGCUGGGCUGCCCGACUAACCCCAGAAUAGUCAGAGAGAGGACGCGGAAGCAAGUCAGCGACCCGCCCGACGACCACCGGACAGAGGCUCGCUUCAUAUUUCAUCCCCAUCCAUUCAUCUUGGAUCCACAAAUAAGUCCUUGAUUCUUUUAUUUUACAAGAUUUAAGUCGUAAUAUUUUGAUUUUGUUUGGGAAGUACAACAACUUUCUUCUCGUAAUAUUAUCAGAAACAUACAAACGAAGAGAUAUUAGCAAUAUGACGACUUUUUUUUUGAGGUGAUAACACAUUAUUUCUAGAAGAUUUUCAUACUAUUACAAUCAUCAUUUUGACUUCUGAAAUAGUUGACGUUGAAGUUGAAACAUUGCGACUUUACUUUUGGUUUUAUUACGAGAACAAACACAAAAAUGUUUUUUUUUUUUCUCUCAUUGACGAGAACAGACUUCCAGUCCGAUUUUGACUCGUGGAAACGGAAUGGACGUCCUUCAACGGAACUGGGACGUGAUCAUUCACUGUCAUAUUACAACUUCAUUCUCAUGAUGUUAUUAUUUUUAAAAAUCCAAUUCUAGGGUGUACGGAAAUUACGCAGAAUCUAAGCACAUCUCGAGUCUCCAAAUAUUUAGAAAAAAAAUUCAUCUUAAAAAGUAUUGAGUUACAAAAUCAGGUAUUGUCGCAUAAUUACAAUAUAUUAGUCCAAUAGCACAAUAUAAGAUUGGCAAAUUGAACAUUUCUUUUAAUAAAAUUUCAGAAAUUAUCGGAUGUUUACACGAGUCUUAAUUUUAGUAUCCUGAGUAACAUCUUUUGGCUGCAGAUGCAAAUUUAUACAAAAAAAUGAUGCCAUUCGCUUGUACUAGGUUUGUGCUGAAAAUAUUUUCGUUUGUGGUGUUAUCGUUUUUGAGAUAUUAACAAUUAUUUUAUAGGUCAAUCUGAGGUCAACCAACCCCUCCAUAUUGAUUAAAAAUGGCUAAAAAAAAUAGUGUCAAUUGUUUGUGCUACGUUUGUACUGUAAAAAAUUUCGUUUGUGUAUCGUUUUUGAGAUAUUAAGAUAUUAAUUUUGAGUGAUGACAUCACGCAGCCCUCCAUUUUAUUGCAAAAUGGACCUGAAAUUGUGCCAUUCGUUUAUGCUGUAAACAUUUUCGUUUGUGCUGCUAUCGUUUUAUAGAUAUUGAGAUAUUAAUUUCAAGUGAUGACGUCAAUCGCAGCCCCUCCGUCGCUGCUGACGCAGCUUACCAACUCCCUCAAUAACAGAGGGGUGUCCCAACAACUAGCGCAAAUGUAGCACAAAUGGGGGCCUUGAGAUAUUAAUUGACAUGACUUGCAGACCCCUAUUUACUGCAAAAUGGACCCGAAGGGGUGCCAUUUGUUUCUGCUAUGUUUGUGCUUGUUGUUGGGACACCCCUCUGUUAUUGAGCGAGAUGGUACACUUCAUCAGCCGCGACGGAGUGGCUGCGAUUGAGGGUCAUUACUCAAAAUUAAUAUCUUAAUACAGUAUCUAUAAAAUAAUAGCACAUUUUGUACAGCACAAACGUAGCAUAAACGAAUGGCAACAUUUCCGGUCCAUUUUGCAACAAAUGGGGGGCUGCGUGACGUCAUCACUGGCUGGUUGACCUCAGAUUGACCUAUAAAAGAAUUAUUAAUAUCUCAAAAACAAUAGCAGCACAAUUCUAGCACAAACGAAUGACAUAAUUUUUCUAUAAAUUUGCGUCUGACGGGGCUAACUCACCGAAAGUUCCAAAAAAGUUGCGAUAUUACAAAAACAUUACAAGAAUGAAGUCGUAAUAUUCUCGAAACGGUUACAUCAAGUGUUAAAAUGAAUACAUGUUGCAAAAUUUGACUUCUUGAAGUACUACAAACAUGGAAAAAUGUUGCGGAAACAGUGGCGACAUUACGACAAAAAAUCAGAAUCGGAAAAAUGGUACUAAAUUGUGAUGCUUCGCUUCAUGUGAUGAGGAUUUUUUUUGUGUGUGUGAAAAUUAGCUUGAUGUGGCUCAUGUCAUCAUGUCGCUCGCGGCGGUUGGUUGGCGUCUGGUCCUCUCUCUGACCCCCGAACGCCCCCCUCCCCUGACCCCACCCCCGCGGGACAGCGCCCUCUGAUGUUGGCGCAUGCUUGCCCUGCCUGCCUCCUCUGUCGGCGUCCACAAUAGGGGGCCUGAUAACCUGAAUGAGUCUUUUGGGGGCUCUUAAUAUUUCAUAGGGGGGUCUUCUCAUCUUAUUUUUGCUGUUUCAUUACUGCCUGACCACCCCCAGAAAGUUCAUUCAAGUUAUUUUUGUUUAUCGUUGCCUCCUCGCCCCCAAAAACGUUAUUCAGGUUAUACUUUUGUUUUUGUUUUUUUUGGUCCGUCUUCACAAUAGCAUGCCCCCUUCCACCCCAAAAAAAGCUUGUGAUGCUUCUGACAACAUACUGUGAGUCCGCUUGAUCCGUUUUAACUGACACUUGCUGUUCCUACACUGUCAGACUAAAAAGCGACGACGGCACAUAUUCUUUUAUUUCUACCCCCUUGUUAAUGAUAAUUGUUAUUAUUUGAAGCAGAAAAUGUGUUAUUCUGCCACUGAAUCCCACUUUACUGCAAUGCUCGGUUGGGUUUGUUUGCAUUCGGGACGGAAAAUUUUAUAGCGGCGUACCAAACAAACUGAAUCAGCAGACGAGGAACUGAAAAGAACAAAAAAAAUGGGUUCUAUUGGGGAUGGGAAAAGGUUGCGCGAGAAAUUAUGUUGGGAUAUUACGAGUAUUAUGAGUCGAUUUCAAUGCAGAUUGUUUUUCAUUUCGGGAGGUGUCAAAGUAUUAUAAGAAUAAGGAACAUUGCUGGGAUGCAUAUGUAUUUUUUUUUUAAAGGAAUAAAAAAAAGUUAUGUACGUAUCUUGCAAGGAAAAUGCAAAUUAUGCAUAUUUCGGGAUAAAGUAAAAAUACAGAUUUUUUCAUUUGUAUUACAGAAGAAAAUUGUACCAUCAAAAGAAUUCUUGAAUUCAUUUAAAAAGAAAUAGUCAUAUUUUCGGGGAAGUAAGGAAAAUUUUGAUUUUAUACUGCAUUACAACUUAAUUCCUAAUUUUAAAAUCUCGUAAUAUCUCAGGUUUUUUUUUUUUUGCUCUUGUCAGUUUCCUCAAACCACUUUUUGUUCCUGGCGUGGUUUUCCCAGUGUUGAUAUAGUUGCGUGUACAUUGGAGAGAGAGCCAGAGAGUAUAAAUAUAUAAAUAUGAUUAUAUGGAUAAAGAUGCAAAAGGAAAAAAAAGUGCUCUAUUUUAAGUAUUGAGAGCGUGUUGCUUUGCAAAUGGACGUUCAGGAAAGACUGUGUUACACAGUUUUAUGUGUGUGUGCGUGCGUGAGUGUGUGCUUCUUGUUGCCUGUUGGCCAAUUUGCUUGUUUUUUUGUUUUUUGGGAGCACUGAAUACUUUGUAUUGUGUUAACUGUGCCAAUUAAAAUUGCCUGAAAGUUA